AAAACCAGAGGCAUUUGUGAUCAUCACCCUAUCAUUUGCUCUCUCGGCUUAAAUGUGGCCCGGGAGCUCGUCUCUUCCCGGUGCCACACACUGGGAUCCGCCUGGCAGCCGCCGGGAGCCGCAGCCAAUGUGUUAGGACUUCUGGUGCUUCUUGGCACAAAGCUAGACUGCGACCUCCUACCGUAGCGCUUCGCGUCACCUGCUCUCCCGGCCCUGCCCCAGGGCCGAGGUAUUGCGUCCCGAACCAGGCUUGGGAAUCCGCUGCCUCUCAAAUGAACCUCUAGUCUUGCUUUGAAAAGCCACUUUGUGUAACUCUUGACUGAAUAAAUUUCUAAUACACCUGUUGAGAUCAUCCCUGGAAAAGUGUGCCAUUGGAGGGGUUCUUUACUUGGCCCAAUACGGGGGCGUAGGAAGAGGUACUUUUGGUUUCUUGUUGGUUUUCUCCCCAUCAUUAUGAGCAUUGGCUCUUCACCCUUGAAGUGAAAAUGCUGAAAGCUGAAUCUUCAGGUGAAAGAACCACUCUCAGAAGUGCCUCUCCUCACAGGAACGCAUACAGAACAGAGUUCCAGGCACUGAAAAGUACUUUUGACAAGCCCAAGUCAGAUGGGGAACAGAAAGCGAAAGAAGGUGAGGGCUCCCAGCAGAGCAGGGGUAGGAAAUAUGGCUCCAAUGUCAACAGAAUUAAAAAUCUGUUCAUGCAAAUGGGCAUGGAACCCAGUGACAGUGCUGCUGUCAUCACCAAAACGAGGGGAAAGGGCAGGCCUUCCUCCCCUCAGAGAAGAGUGAAGCCCAAAGAGUUUGUGGAGAAGACAGAUGGCUCAGUGGUUAAGUUGGAGUCCUCUGUUUCUGAACGAAUUAGUCGAUUUGACACGAUGCACGAUGGCCCUUCAUAUACUAAGUUCACAGAGACUCGAAAGAUGUUCGAGAGAAGCAUGCAUGAGUCAGGGCAAAAUCAUCGCUAUUCCCCAAAGAAAGAGAGAGCCGGAGGGACUGAGCCACAGGACGAGUGGGGUGGUUCCAAGUCCAACAGAGGCAGCAGUGAUUCCUUGGACAGCCUGAGCCCCCGAACCGAAGCUGUCUCCCCAACUGUGAGUCAACUGAGUGCAGUAUUUGAGAACAGUGAGUCUCCAGGUGCCAGUGUUUCUGGGAAGGCUGAGAACAGUGACUACUCAGUGACUGGGCAUUACCCCCUGAACUUGCCAUCUGUCACCGUUACCAAUUUGGACACCUUUGGCCGUCUCAAGGAUUCUAAUUCGAGACCUUCUUCAAACAAACAAGGUAUUGAUACAGAGGAUGCUCAGAAGAGUAAUGGUGUUCCAGUACCAGAAGUGGCUCGGAAAGGUACCUCUCUAGCGUCAUUGCCUACUGAAGAGAGACAGCCAAGCACAGAAGCCGAGGACCUCACGUCUCACCCAGAGACUCUGGACAGCAUCGACAAAGAUAGUCCUGAGGAACCCUCUGCUGAAAGCCAGGCAAUGCCCAAGUCCGAAACCCUUUCACCACAGAACAAACAAUUAGAAGGUGCAGAAGCUAAUACGGUUGGGAGUGAGACAGUACUGCAACAGAAGACAGACCUUACAGGUGGUGAGGUAACCUCUCCUGAUGUGUCUGCAUCCAGCUGUGGGAAAGAAGUACCGGAAGACUCGAAUAAUUUUGAGAGUUCCCAUGUAUAUAUGCACAGUGACUAUAAUGUGUAUAGGGUGAGAUCCAGGUAUAACUCAGACUGGGGAGAGACAGGCACCGAGCCAGACGAAGAGGAUGACAGUGAGGAGAACAAUUACUACCAGCCCGAUAUGGAAUAUUCUGAGAUCGUUGGGUUGCCGGAAGAAGAGGAAAUCCCAGCAAAUAGGAAAAUUAAGUUUAGUUGUGCUCCGAUUAAGGUAAGUAUGUUUUUGUUUUUGUUUUUGUUUUGUUUUUUCCAGAUUGUCCCCUAUGUUUCUUUUCAGCAUCUGGGCCUAUGCAGAGUAGAUUUGACAACGCCUAGAUUUUGUAAGAAGCUGGAGGUUGUUGGUGUGCACCUGUCCCAGGUGAUUUGGAGAGGUGUCAGUGAGAUUUGUUAAUGUACGGUGGGCAGAGGCCACCAGCGAGGAAUCAGGAAGUUGGAGAAGUUUGUGAGAUACAUUCCAGUAGAGUGGGGUCUGCGUAGCAGAAACAGAAAACCAGUAGUGGAUGAAAUACAGCUGCUUUUACAAGGGGACUUUUUUGGUUUUGUUUCUGUUUUUAACAUUACCUGUCAAUAAUCACUUUCUGACUCUAUAUCAUAAGACACGGGAUUCAAGGUACACUGGGGGGUUUAUGCUAGCC